ACCGACGUCGUCCAGUUGUCUGCAGGCAAAGAUGGCGGUACGGAAGAAAGACGGCGGCCCGAAUGUCAAAUAUUUUGAAGCUUCUGAUACAGUCUCUCAGUUUGAUAAUGUGCGCGUCUGGCUGGGAAAGAAUUACAAAAAGUACAUCCAAGCAGAGCCCCCAACCAACAAGUCCCUGUCCAGUCUUGUGGUCCAGCUACUCCAGUUUCAAGAGGAGGUGUUUGGUCGACAUGUCAGCAACCCCCCACUCACCAAGUUGACUAUGAAAUCCUUUUUGGACUUCAAAGCUGGAGGCGCUCUUUGCCACAUCUUGGCGGCUGCCUACAAGUUCAAGAGCGACCAAGGAUGGUUUGACUUCCAGAACCCGUCCAGGAUGGACCGAAAUGUAGAGAUGUUCAUGACGAUCGAAAAGUCCUUAGUGCAGAAUAACUGCUUGAGUCGACCAGUGAUCUACUUGAGUUCUGACAUUGAGCCAAAACUGCUGGGGAAGCUGAAAGACAUCAUCAAGAGACAUCAGGGCUCAGUGACAGAGGACAAAACCUCCAGCUCCCACAUUGUUCUUCCAAUUCCCAGCAGCUUGGAAGAAGAGGAGUGGGUGCGCCCUGUGAUGAAGAGAGACAAGCAAGUGCUCCUUCAUUGGGGAUAUUUUCCUGACAGCUAUGACACCUGGAUUCCUGCUAGCGAGAUUGAAGCCUCUGUGGAAGAUGCCCCCAGCCCAGAGAAGCCUAGGAAGGUCCACGCGAAGUGGAUUUUAGACCUGGACCAGUAUAACGAGUGGAUGAAUGAGGAGGACUACGAAGUGGGAGAAAGUCUUCCAAAGAGGAAGAGGAUAUCGGCCAAAACUCUUACAGACGAGGUGAUCACCCCGGACGAGCGAAGAGACAAAAAGCCUGUCGGUGCCAAGAAGAGGAAGCGCUCGCCUUCUCCGUCUCCCACACCGCCGCCACAGGAGAGCAAGAAAAAGAACGCUAAAAAAGGGCCGACGACCCCAUACACUAAAUCCAAACGGGGCCAGAGGGAAGAGGAACAAGAGGAUCUCAGUAAAGAUUUGGAUGACGCAUCACCUGUUCCAGCAUCUGAAGAUGGAAAUGCAGCCAAAACAAAUAGCACCAAGAAGGAUUCUGAUUCAACACCUGUCAAGGGAGGAGCAGAUAUAGACGAGCAAGAGGAUGAGUCCAUGGAAGUAACAGGAAAGGAGGAGGAAGAGGGUUCUCCGAGUGUUAAGGGGGAGCCUGUUAAAGGCUCAGACCUUCACGAAGACAACGUGACAGAGCAGACGCAUCAUAUCAUCAUCCCUAGCUACGCUGCCUGGUUUGACUACAAUAGCGUUCAUGCUAUUGAGCGCAGAGCCCUUCCAGAGUUCUUCAAUGGGAAAAAUAAAUCUAAAACCCCAGAGAUCUACUUAGCGUACAGGAAUUUCAUGAUCGACACUUACCGACUAAAUCCUCAGGAGUACCUCACCUCCACCGCCUGCCGCAGGAACUUAGCUGGAGAUGUCUGUGCAAUCAUGAGAGUCCACGCCUUCCUGGAGCAGUGGGGACUGAUCAACUACCAGGUGGACUCUGAGAGUCGGCCUACACCCAUGGGCCCCCCACCCACUUCCCACUUUCAUGUCCUUGCAGACACUCCGUCCAGUCUGGUGCCGUUACAACCCAAGACAUCCCAGACUCCUGCGCCUCAGCAGAUGAUGUCCUUCCCAGAUAAAGUGAAGGAUAAACCAACUGACCUGCAGAACUUUGGGCUACGGACUGACAUGUACAGCAAGAAAAUGGGGUCUUCCAAGAGCAAGAGUGCAGCAAGCUCUAUGAGGGACUGGACAGAGCAGGAAACACUAUUACUUCUAGAGGGACUGGAGAUGUACAAGGACGACUGGAACAAGGUGUCGGAGCACGUCGGCAGCCGCACGCAGGAUGAGUGUAUCCUGCACUUCCUUCGUCUGCCCAUCGAAGACCCCUAUCUGGAGGAAAGCUAUUCAUCCCUGGGACCACUGGCAUACCAGCCGGUGCCUUUUAGCCAAGCAGGAAACCCCGUAAUGAGCACAGUUGCGUUCCUCGCCUCUGUAGUGGACCCCCGUGUGGCCUCAGCAGCAGCGAAAUCUGCUCUAGAGGAGUUCUCUCGAAUGAAAGAGGAAGUUCCUGCAGCCCUGGUUGAGGCUCACGUGCGGCGGGUGGAGGAGGCGGCGAGGGUCAGCGGGCGGCAGGACCCUCUGUAUGGCCUCGAAGGGAGCGGCAUCGCUGGCACUGGCCUGGAGGAAGGCGAGAAACCAGUUUCAGAUGAAAGCAAUGACGAUAGUAAGAGUGACAACCAAUCAAAUGAAGAAAAGAGGGAUGCCAAGGACAGCAAAGAUGGAACAGGCGAGGAAGAAGAUAAAGUAGCUGAGAAUGGGAAGAAAGAAGAGGAGAGGGGAAGAGAAACUGAAGGCGAGGGGGAAGCGGACAAAGCCGAGUCUGAGAUGGGUGAUGGUGAUAAGGAGAAAGAUGGAAAAGAUGGUGAGGAAGGACAAAGAGAAGCUGAGGGUGAGGGAGAAAAGAAGGCCAAGGUAGAACGGGACGUGGGUGAGGGCAAUCUGGCCACCGCCGCUGCUUCUGCACUGGCGGCGGCAGCAGUCAAAGCUAAGCACUUGGCUGCAGUGGAGGAGAGGAAGAUCAAAUCGUUGGUGGCACUGCUGGUGGAGACCCAAAUGAAAAAACUAGAGAUCAAACUGCGACACUUUGAGGAACUGGAAACAAUCAUGGAUAGAGAGAGGGAGGCUCUGGAGUACCAGCGACAGCAGCUUCUGGCUGACCGGCAGUCAUUCCACAUGGAGCAGCUCAAGUACGCCGAGAUGAGAGCUCGCCAACAGCACUUCCAGCAGAUCCAACAUCAGCAGCACAGCCAAGCCGGGGGUCCUCAUCCCCCUCAGACGGCUUCGGGCUCCCAAGGCUCGGCCGCGGGUCAGCAAUCUGCCAGCACUCCGCAACCGGCCCGCAGCCCCGCACCAUCGGCCUCCGUGGGGCCCGGCGUGGAGUCCCAAACUCCUCCGGGUGCCCGCGCAUCACCCCCGGGCCCGCCGGUGACUGGCCACUCCGCCUCAAGCAGCGCCGCUGCACACCACGAGGCCAACACUCCUGUACCCACCGAAACACUUCACCCCUCUGCUCCAGUUCCGCCUCCACAGUGAGAUGAAUUGUCUCAUGAAUGGCACUGACCACUUUCUAGCUCACAUUAAGAAAAAAAAAAGCAUUUUAUUCCUUUUUUUUUUUUUUUUUAAUUUUAAAUCCUACUGGACUAUUGAUGUGUGAGACAUUUUAAAAAGGAGACCAACUUGUACCAAGAAAGGUGACCUGCUUGAAUUGGAUCAAGAAGAUUCAAAUGAAGUUUAGUCGGUUGUCACUCGGUGAUUUUACAUUUCCAGAGAACUAUGAGGGUCUUAACAUGUUCAGGUGGAGGACGAGAAGAGUCAACUUGUUGCAUUUAAUUUUUCACAGCACUCCACAGCAGCUAAUUCAUUCUCAAGUCUUCGGGGCAUCUCUUCGCGUUCCCCCAUCGGUACUAAUUGACAUUUACAAUAUGUAAGAAAAUGAAUGCACUUUGAAUCUUUCCUUGGAUCUCAUUCUUAAGACUUGAAGCAUCCAUGAAAUUGAAUUUAAGCACUUAUAUAACCCUUCUCCUGUCUUAAAUACUGUUUCAUUAAGAAGGGUCGAUUGGAACUCCUCUCUCAAUUGCGUGAACACUCAGAAUGAUACAUUUUCAUAAAUACGUAACAUAAACAUCGUCUGGAUGCCAUCGAAAACAAUGUACUGUAAACUGGAUAUUCUGUUUCAAUUCCAUGGAUGAGCACUGAUUGCAAAUACAGUGAUCCCUCGCUACUUCGCACUUCAAACUUCGCGCCCUCAGUCCAUUCUUUUCAAUUGAAAAAUAAAUAAACUCAGUAUUUUAUAGAGGUGUCCUGAUCCGAUCACGAAGUCUUUCACUCUCCUUCCUGCUGCUUUUCGUGGUCAGGCAGUGCACUGGAGUUGCUUGUUAAAUUUAACAAUGAUUGACAGGCGUUAGGUUUGAUCUUGCCAGAGACGCUUGGAAGCCAAAACUUCAAGGCACCGCAUGUGUCAAUCAUUGUUUAGCUUGUUAAAAAUUUGCUGUGGCAACUCAUUGUGUGUAAGUGUGCAGCGUGAAAACCUAGCUAUUCGGUGGUACAGUAACAUAUUUAGAACUCAUCAUAAUUAUCACAUUUGACAUGCUUAAAGCGGUAGUCCCGAAUUUUUUACAUUAGGCUUAAUCUUCGAGUUAGCAGGGGUUUAAUUAGUUGGUGGAGUUGAUUUCAACAAAUUCCCUGCAGUUUGUAAGUUACUUGUUAGUUUCAGGGCUCUGGAGUGGCUAAGCUAGCGCGAGUCAAUGGCAUGCCAAUUAAAAAAAAAAACGAUAUAGAUCUACAAACAGAUCCAACAUAUUCAAAUAAAUUCAAAACACAGAUCAUCGUUCCAAAACACCCAUGCGGCAAAAAUAAUGUCACACCAAACUGCCGUAAUUCAUUUCAUUCUGCAGGACUAUUUUUUUUUAGAUGCGUUAUACGACCACAAUAGAGAGGAGUUCUUCGGCCUCUCAUGCUGACGCUGCAUUCAAGGAAGGUGGGAAGUUGGACUUAUCCCGCUCGGAGGUUACCAGUUGCAACCUCAAAGCGUUCCAAGCGAAUGUAAACAGCAAAGAUGGCUGAUCGCGACAAGUUGUUUUUUUAUUUUGGCUAUCGAAAGACUUUUUGACCUCCAGCAGACCUGCCUUCUCGUGAGCGAUCAAAUAGUGGAGGUGUUCCAAUGAUAUUUUCCCAGAUCGGUAGAGGCUGUGGAAACAGACAGAAGAAAUGGGCAUGCUAAGAUUGUCCAAUUGACUCGCGCUAGCUUAGCCACUCCGGAGCCCUGAAACUAAGAAAUAACUAAAGACUACAUAUAAAAACUACACAAAUUACUACCCAUUACCUGUGAAAAACGAGGAAUCACUGUAUUCAAUGUUCAGUGUUCUCCAUUAGUUGCGAGAGGGAAGAUAAACACUUAACCUUUUCAAGUAUUUUUCUCAUAACGUUCCAGCACUUUGAGAGUAAAAAGGGUCUAGCGAGGAGCUUGAGAAGUUGUGAGGAAUGUAGUGCUGUCUGAAAGGAAUGACUGAAGCAGCCAGAAAAUUUAAUCAUUUGUGUCGAUUGCUAAACCAAAAUAUUUUUUAUUUGUUUUAGUUCAAACUUAUUCAGUGAAUUUUAUUGUUGUUUGGGAAAAGUAAAGGGUUGGAUGGUUCAUUUGAAGUUAGAAAAUGAAGGAGAGAAAAAAGACGUUUGAUAUCUGCAAUGGUAUUCUCACUUUUUAUCCUAUCGAUUUUUAAAGAAAUAUUUUUUACUGUUUUUCCAUCGCCUUUCUUUGUUAUCGACAUUGUAAUGGAAUAUUGUUACAUUUGUAGGCUGUAUUUACCCUUUUUUGUGACUGUAAGGAUGUUUGAAGGCAUGCCUUGAUCUGUAAACUACCAUGCAGUUUUAUUUCCAGUGCCAUUCAGUAUGUCCGUGCGUUUCUGUGACCCUGCCAACAGGUGAACUCAUGUUUUGUCAGUAUUUCACAUCUCACCUGAGCUGUGAGUAAAGUUACCAGCAUCUGUGUUAUGAGUAUGUGAAAAGAAAUAUCGCGUCUGUGUUCGGUUCUUGUAUGUUUUUACACGACUGAAGGAAGCUCAAAAUCUCAGUAACUCACCACUUCAGUGUGUGCUCCAUCUUGCAGUUUGGAUUCCAAAUUCUGGCAAGGUUUUAAUUACAUAAUGUUGACAAGAAAAAUAAAAGUGAAAAGAAAGCUCUGUGUAUCAAAGUAUGUGUCUUUGGAUAUGUAAUUAUCUAUUCCUGACUAAUUUGACUGAUUGGUCUUUGUUUAUAGUGUAUAUGCUGUAAAACCCCCAGUUUGGACAUAUUCAAAGUUGUCUUAUGCAAGUGUGAUACAUCAUUGGAAAGCUUAGAAUCUCAAUUUGCUGCAGGAAGUAAAUUUUUGAACAGGAGGGCAUUUAAAAAAAAAAAAAAAUUAAACAGCAAAAUCCUAACUGGAGGUAAGAGCACGCGAGAGCAGAAUUAAAGACGCCAUGAUUUUAACGAGAUAUUAAUGUGUACUUACCUCUUUUAGAUCCCAAAACUCCAUGUAGCAUGUAUCACCGAGUGUCAAGACACAGUUGUGAAGGGCCACAGCCGGAUUUUUGGCAGAUUUUAUGGGUGAAACAUGGUAAUAUUACAAGGCUUGCGAUGCAGAAAUUGCAGACAUCAAGGAGUGGUCGAGAUUUUCUUUUCCAUAUAUUUACAGUUUUUGGUUUUUUGGGGGGAUCUAUUAUUUAUCAUCUAAAAUAUUGGGGGAAAUGCGACAGUAA